AUGGAUUUUCUUAAAUCGCUACCACCUUUACAAACAACAGAUAGUAAUUCGACAACAGCAGCAGUAAAUACAACAACAACAACAGCGACAAAUACAGCAACAACAACAGCGACAAAUACAGCAACAACAACAACAACAACAACAACAACAAAUUUAAAUAAUUUAAUAAAUGAAAGUAAAAAAAAGAUUCAUAGAUUAACUCAAGAAGUUGUAAAUAAAAUAUCAGCAGGUGAAGUUAUACAAAGACCAAGUAAUGCAUUAAAAGAAUUAUUAGAGAAUUGUUUAGAUGCAAAAUCAACAACUAUUACAGUUACAGUUAAAGAUGGUGGUAUGAAAUUCUUACAAAUUCAAGACAAUGGUUCUGGUAUUAGAUUGGAGGAUAUGGGCAUUGUUUGUGAACGUUUCACCACAAGUAAAUUAACUAAAUUUGAAGAUCUAAGAAGUAUUCAAUCAUUUGGAUUUCGUGGUGAAGCAUUAUCAAGUAUAAGUCACGUUUCUCACUUGAAAAUUCUAACUAAAACCGCUGAUUCACCAUGUGCCUAUCGUGCAUGUUAUCUUAAUGGUAAAUUAACACCACCUUCACCAAAUGAACAAUCAUCAGAUCCAAAACCAUGUGCCGGUGUAAAUGGUACCCAAAUCACUGUUGAAGAUUUAUUUUUCAAUACACCCUCUCGUAAGAAUGUCUUAAAGAAUACAGUCGAUGAACAUUCAAGAAUCGUUUUAUUAAUGAAAAAAUAUGCAAUCAAUAAUCCAACAGUAUCUUUUAUCCUAAAGAAACAAGGCGACCCAACUCCUGAGGUUCAUACAAGUGGUGGUCAAAAUUCUUUAGAAAAAGAUGUUAUAGGUUCAUUAUAUGGUACUGAUUUAAGUAAAGAAUUAAAAAUUAUUACAAUUGAUCCAAAUAAUCCCAAUCCUAAUAACGAUGAUGAUGAUAAUAUUAGUGGUAGUCAAAUUAAAAAUUCAAAUUUAAAUAGAUUAGAUUUUACAAUGAAAGGCUUUUUUUCAAGUACAAAUUAUAAUUCAAAGAAAAUUAAUUUUAUUCUAUUUAUUAAUGGUAGAUUGGUUGAUUCAAAAAAUUUAAAAACUGGUCUAGAACAAGUUUAUAGUAAAUAUCUACCAAAAGGAACUCAUCCAUUCAUGUUUAUUAGGCUAUUAGUACCACCAAAGAAUAUUGAUGUUAAUAUUCAUCCAACAAAGAGUGAAGUUAAAAUUUUACAUGAAGAACAAAUCAUUGAAUUCAUUCAACAAAAAGUUGAUCAAGAAUUAAGUAUCUCUUCAAAUUCAAAAACUUUUUCAACUCAAAUUUUAUUACCUGGUUUUGAUCAAGAUAACGUUUCAUCAUCACAAAAGAAACAAAAAAAUUCACAAUCCUCUUCAACUCAAACGAAAUCAACCAAUAAUAAUAACAAUCCAACUAGUAGAAAAGAACCAAUUGAAUAUGCAAAAGAUAAAAUUAGAUCAGAUUCGAAAAGUCAAACUUUAGAUGCAUUUUUAAAUCCAAUGGAUUAUAAUAAUAAUAAUGAUAGUAGUAUUGAUGAUAAUGAUGGUAGUGGAAUUGGCAGAUAUGAUGAUGUUGAUGGUAGUGCUGGAGCUGCUGGUGCUGGUGGUAAAUUUAAUGAUAAUUUAAUUUUUAAUGAUAAUAGUGAAAAUGAAGCACCACGUGAUAUUGAUAAUCCUUUAUCAAGUGUUACACCAAUUAAAUCAAAAGAACAACGACAACAACAAUCUACAACUACAACUACAACUACAACAACAACAACUGCAACAACAAAAUCAAAUAGUCCAGCAUCAAAGAAUGAUAUUAAAAAAUUACAAGAACAUACAUUUAUAACACCAAGAAAAACUAGAAAGUAUAAACAAGUUGAAUUAACAAGUAUAAAAACUUUGAUCUCAGAAUUUCAAUCAAAUGUUCAUGAUGGGUUAAAAGAAUUUUUCAAUGAUUGUGUUUUUGUUGGUUGUUUAGAUCAUUCCUAUGCAUUGGUACAAUUUGGAAAGAAACUUUAUUUAAUCAAUUUAGAGAAUAUAACAAAGGAACUUUUUUAUCAAUUAUCAUUACUUAGAUUCUCUGAUUUCGAUAGUAUUAAAUUUAGUCAAUCAUUAUCAAUUUAUUCAUUGUUAUUGGUUUCAUUAGAUUCACCAUUAUCAGGUUGGAUGGAAUCUGAUGGUCCAAAAGAUAAGAUUGCAGACUAUCUAACCAAAUUGUUAAUCUCAAAAAAAGAAUUACUAAAUGAAUAUUUCUCAAUUGAAAUUAAUGAAGAUGGUGAACUUGUUGGUAUUCCUCAAGUACUUGAUCAUUAUGUACCUUGUACUGAUAACUUACCAAUCUUUUUAUUAAAAUUGGCUACCGAAGUUGAAUGGGAAUUUGAAAAAGAAUGUUUUGCUGGUAUAGUUAAAGAAAUCUCUUCCUUUUUCAAAAUUGAACCUUCUUUUUUAAAAUUACGUGACACUCAAGUAAAUAAUCAACAACAAACAAAUUCUACCACCACAACAAAUAAUAUAAAUUUCAUUAAAAAAGAUGGUAAAGAAUGGAUUAUUCAACAUUUAAUUUUUCCAGCUUUUAGAAAAUUAUCACCACCAAAGAAAUUUGCAAAUGAUGGAUCUGUAAUACAAAUUACAACUCUUGAUAAUUUAUAUAAAGUUUUUGAAAGAUGUUAA